GAACACAAUCCGGUACGCGUAUCCCAAUUUUCCAGAGUUUCAGUUUCGGUAAAAUGAAAACCAACAUCACGGAUUUUCAGAAGUAUUGCGAAAAAGCCAUCGGGAAAUUAUCGAAUGACUGCAUCGAGUCAUUUAGGGAAGCCAAGGAUGAUAUAACGCGAAUUAAACUUAUGUACGAUGUCGCCCAACAGAUUCCCUUAGGAUCAGGAUCGAGUGAUAAGGAUGUUAAAUUGGCCGAGGAGAAGAAAAAUGAAGGGAAUCGGUUCUUUGCUAAAAAAGAGUAUGGAGAUGCUAUCAAGUGUUAUAAUCACGGGAUUAUAUAUUGUCCACAAGAAACAAUUCAAGAUAGAGAACUUCUAACGAUUCUAGUAUCAAACCGAAGCGCCACCAAUUUCGAAUUAGAAAAAUACAGGCGGGUCCUGGACGAUUUGGACUACAUAAGUGAAAUUGGUGAUUAUCCCAAGCACCUAAAGUACAAAUUAUGGCUGCGAAAAGCUAAAUGCUAUGACGCAUUGGGCAACAUCAACCUGGCGGCUGAAGCUUAUGCAGAAUCCCUUAAGACUUUAAGGCAAAGCAACUUAAAAGAAGACGCCCUACAGUCCAAAAUUAAAGAAAUUGAAAAAGCAAAAAUAGAUAAUAAAAAGGGAAAUCAGAAAAAGGCGAAGGAGUACCAGGAGCUGAUACCGGCAUUUACUGAAGAACGUUUUGUCGCUGGAAGCGAGUUUGUUGCUGCAAAUCCGAAAAUCACCGUGGCACAAGAUAGUUAUCAGGGCCGAUAUGCUAAAGCUGUCGAGGAUAUUGAAGCGGGUACUAUUCUAGUAGAAGAACCUGCUUUUUCCUCAGUGGUAGACAAAGACCACGCCCUAGUCAACUGUCAAAACUGUUUGACCUCAGUGGAACUACCAAUAGCUUGUCCAGGAUGUGCAGAUGUUAUAUUCUGUAGCACCCACUGUAGCAGAAUGGCCACAAAAUCCUUCCACGCGGUAGAAUGUGGCUUUCAGAGAAACUUAUUCGAUUCAGGGGCUUCGGUGAAUUGCUUGUUGGCUCUACGUAUCAUCAGCCAAAAACCUGUACAGUUUUUCCUCGAUAAAAGAAACAAGUUGAAGGAUUUCUUGAAGGAUUCUUGCAAAAAGAACGUAGUCAGAAAAAAGAUUUAUCGUUCAGAUGAUUAUGACAACGUAUUCUUCCUAUGUCGGAACCAGGAUCUCAGGAAAAAAGAGGAAUUAAUCCACUACUCUUGCAUGUCCAUAUAUCUCCUAAGAAUUUUGAAGCAUGGCUCCUAUUUUGGAGACUAUCAAGACGACAUCCUAACUGAGGAUGAGCUCUUUAUCGGAUCAUUAAUACUACGCCAUUUGCAAAUAUUACAGUUUAAUGCCCACGAAGUGUCCGAGCUACAAAACUCUACUGAUCUCGCACAGAAAUCUCCAAUAAUGUUUACAAAUUAUGAGAAUGCCACAAUAGGAGCCGCACUGUAUCCUACAUUAGCUUUGUUUAAUCAUUCUUGUGAUCCUAGCAUUGUGAGAUAUAAUAUUAAAAACAAAAUUAUAGUUCGUGCAAUCAAGCCAAUUAAAGCAGAUGAUAUUAUUUAUGAAAAUUAUGGUCCACUCUAUAUGACAGAUACCUUGGAAAAACGUCAAGAGGAGCUGAAAAAUAAUUAUUGGUUUGAGUGUCUUUGUCAGCCCUGCACGGAUCUAUGGCCGACCUUUCAAGAAAUGAAAGAGAACGAACUUAGGAUUCCAUGUAAGACCGAUAGAUGUCCCUAUAUAUUUACGGUUAAAGAUCAAGAUGAUCCGUUUAUUACGUGUCCAUAUUGUAAUAAUACCACGAGUUUGAUACCAUACCUCAGAGGAUUGAUGAAACUCGAAGAGAUUUUACCAGAAGCAGAACACCAACUCAGCAUGAAACACUUUGAAAAUGCUUUGAAAAAGUUUGUGCAGGCUUUGGAGAUUUUGUUUAAGUAUUCGAGGCCUCCCCAUCCAGAGAUUAUUAAGAUACAGCAACGGAUGAGGAUAUGUAUGCUACAUUUUGGAAAUAAGGCCUUUGAUUAUAAACCAGAAACUCAGUGUUAGGAGGAGUUUGUUGAAGAUUUUUUAAUAUAUUAUGGUAUUUACCUUUUCA